AUGGCACCACCAGCGCCCUCCUACACCAAGGUCACUCACACUGCCACAUAUGCUGGCAUCAAUCCAACUCAGCCCGGCCUCUCCACUGCGGGCAAGGUUGUGUUGAUCACUGGCGCAUCUGGUGGCAUCGGCCGGGCCACAGCCUCAUCUUUCGCUGCAUCGGGCCCCCGAGCCCUCAUCCUUCUCGGUCGACGCGCCGAGGCACUGGCCGAAACCGCCGCCAUUGUCCGCGGCAGCCACCCAGAGGUGACGGUCCAAACUCACGAGGCUGAGCUGUGCGAUGCUUCGAGCGUCCGCGACAUCAUGAACAAGGUGGCUGCUGAGUUUGGCGGCAUCGACAUCCUGAUCCACUGUGCCGGCGUCCUGGCCCCCGUUGUUCCGCUCCUGGAAGCCGAUCCGGCUACUUUCCUGGACGGCUACAAGACUACCGUUGUCGGUUCGCUGGUAACGGCACAGGCCGUCGUCCUGGCAAACAAGACAGUCAGCCCCAACGAGGACAAGCCAAUCACAUUCAUCAAUCUGACCACGGCCGGCAUCAUUUUCCCCCCAUUCCCCGGCAUGGGCGCCUAUGUCAGUAGUAAGAUGGCCGCCGUCAAGGUCCUGCAGUCCUUCGCCGUCGAGAACCCGCAAGUGCGUCUUCACAAUGUGCAUCCCGGUUUCCUCGAAACAGCUAUGUCUGCUAAGCUGUCAGAGUCGAUUAAAUUGCCAUUUGCCUUUGACGAAAUCUCUCUUCCCGCCGACUUCCUCGUCUGGAUUGUCUCCCCCGAAGCUGAAUUCCUUAAGAACAAGAUCGUCUUCUCUGCUUGGGACGUUGAUGAGCUCAAGGCUCGCAAGAACGAGAUUGUCGGUGGCCCGCCGGGAACUGGUGAGCUCUGGCUCGGCUACCAAGGAUUCCCACGAUUCAUGGGUGGCCAGGCUUUGCCAGGCACCCAGUAA